GUGCUCCCAGGUGGCUGCACAGUGCGGCAGCAGCGGCGGCGAUGGUGUCGACGCCUGCGCGCUGGAAGAGAAAGUCCUCCUUUGCUAUCCAUGGUGUGCUCUCAGGCACUCCAUCAGAGCCCUCCCAGCCCCGGGCUUUGCACUUUUACUUCCCCCCCUUUGUGACCGUUCCCUCUUCUUAGAGGCACACCAAAAUAAGGUUGCCACUGCGAAAAGAGUGUUCUAAAAAAAAAAAAAAAAAAAAAAAAAAAAAGAGGUGAGAACUACACUGAAAAUUCCCACUUGUGAAAUAUUGUCAUGUUUGGAUGUGAUGUGUCAGAUUUAAAGUAAUUACAAAGAUGUUUAACAGUGAAGUGUGAAGCUGGCGAGGGGGGAUAUCGACGAAAUGUGGCAACAAGUGUCUGUGGGAUGUGAGUUAAAAUCAUACAUUAAUGGCAGGAGCAGCAGUUGUGUAGGGAUGUAUGUUUAUUUGGAGCUCGGGGGUGUAUAAAAACGUAUUAAAUGCCAUAAUGGAAGACGGGGAGGCCACAGUGUUAGGACUGUGUAGAUCUAAGCCUCUUUUUUUUUUCGUUGGGAGGGAGCUUUUAUUAUUCAAAACAGCCCCACAAAAGACUUCCAGUGAGCCUUGCCACAUCCCCAUCUGACUUGGGGCCAUUCAUCAGCCUUCCAAGCCUAUCAAUGACAUGUCCCCAUCAGGGCUCCAAUAAAAUCAGCCCCUUUCCCAUGAAACAUCAGCAAACAUUUUGACGGGUCUGGCUUUCCCCCCGCUGGAUUUCUGGAGUCUCUACCCCCUUUUUUCUCCCUUAUUCCCACCUCCCCCUCUCUCCUCCGCCAACACCACCCCUCUACGGGUGAACCUCAGAUCCUCAACAUCUCCUGUGACGGGCAGUGGUCACGGAAACACAGAGCGAGACAAGGGAAGAGCCACUGAGGAGGGGGAAACGUGCACUAAGCCAUUUUCUUUGGAGGAGCCAGUGUCGUUGAUGGGAAGAGGAUGCACUGCGGGCUGCUGGAGGAGCCUGAUAUGGAUUCCACAGAGAGCUGGAUUGAAAGAUGCCUCAAUGAGAGCGAGAGCAAACGAUACUCCAGUCACACAUCUCUGGGAAACAUGUCCAACGAUGAACAUGAAGAAAAAGAAAAUAACAGAGCUUCUAAACCACAUUCAACACCAGCUACUCUGGAAUGGCUAGAAGAGAACUAUGAGAUAGCUGAAGGCGUCUGUAUUCCCCGAAGUGCCCUGUACAUGCAUUACCUAGACUUCAGUGAAAAGCACGACACACAGCCUGUGAAUGCAGCCAGCUUCGGAAAGAUCAUAAGACAGCAGUUUCCAGCACUAACUACCAGACGACUGGGGACAAGAGGGCAGUCCAAGUACCACUACUACGGCAUUGCUGUGAAGGAGACAUCUCAGUAUUAUGACGUGAUGUACUAAAAGGGAGCGGCGUGGGUGAACGAGACAGGGAAGAAAGAGGUCACGAAGCAGACAGUGGCGUAUUCACCGCGCUCCAAACUGGGGACGCUCCUGCCAGAGUUUCCAAAUGUCAAAGACCUAAAUUUGCCCGCCAGCCUGCCAGAAGAGAGGGUGUCAACCUUCAUCAUGAUGUACAGAACGCACUGUCAGAGGAUACUGGACACAGUCAUUCGAGCCAACUUUGAUGAGGUCCAAAGCUUCCUGCUGCACUUCUGGCAGGGCAUGCCCCCCCACAUGCUGCCUGUCCUCGGCUCCCCCACGGUGGUCAACAUUGUCGGUGUGUGUGACUCCAUCCUGUACAAGGCCAUCUCUGGUGUUCUGAUGCCCACCGUUCUACAAGCACUGCCUGACAGUUUGACUCAGGUUAUUCGGAAAUUUGCCAAACAGCUUGAUGAGUGGCUUAAAAUAGCACUUCACGACCUUCCUGAAAACCUGAGGAACAUCAAAUUUGAAUUAUCCAGGAGAUUUUCUCAGAUUUUAAAGCGGCAAACAUCAUUAAAUCAUCUAUGCCAGGCGUCGCGAACUGUGAUAAACAGUGCUGACAUCACCUUUCAAAUGCUGGAGGACUGGAGGAAUGUGGUGAACAGCAUCACCAAGCAGACACUUUACACCAUGGAGGACUCACAGAGGAGACAGGCAGCUAUUAUCCACUUGUAUCAGGAAUUUGACCUGUUAGAGGAGCAGUCUCCGAUCGAGGCGUACAUCGAGUGGCUGGAUUCGAUGGUGGACCGCUGUGUCGUCAAGGUCAGACAUGGAAGAGGGCCCGGGUCCCUGAAGAAGGUGGCCCAACAGUUCCUGCUGAUGUGGUCGUGUUUUGGUACCAGAGUCAUCCGGGAUAUGACCCUCCACAGCGCGCCAGCUUUGGGGGUCGUCCACCUGAUCCACCUCAUGUUUGACGACUACGUGCUUUACCUGAUGGAGUCUCUGCACUGCCAGGAGAGAGCCAACGACCUCAUGAGGGCCAUGAAGGGUGAGGGCAGCACAGCAGAGAGAGAGGAGAAUUUACGCUGACAGAGACCACUCCCAGCCUCUCCAUCUCCAGGAUCCUACUCCCCGGCCCGCUCAGUCCACUCUGUGGGCGUUUCCUCAGCGAGCUCCCCCACAGCCGCCGUGUCUCCAGAGUACACCGGAGUCACCGCGCUUGUUCAGUCAUAUACACUGGUCCCUUACAUAACAGUGACAACAGCCGGCGGUUCCACUCCAGAGGGCGGACAGCAGCUGUCCUGUAUGAGGAGCAGCGCCCCAGUCCCCCCGCCAUCCUCUGCCCACCGCAUGCCCGUCUACACUCACGAGAGGGAGCAUGGGUAUACUGGUAGUUACAACUAUGGCAGCUACGCCAACCAGCACCCUCAUUCUAUCCAGAGCCAGUACCCGAGUCUGGGUCAUGAGCCCGCAUCCCCAGCUCCGCUCCACUACUCAGCCUACCACCGCUCUUCUGCACAGUACCAGCUCAAUGGCCAGAUGUCUCGAAUGGAGCCCUGCUUGAUGGGUAGUACUCCUCGGUUGCACCCUGCGCCUGUCGCCCCCCGGUGGCCAGAUGUGACCCCAGCUAACAGCUGUUACACCAGCCCACCUAUGCAUUCAUCGCGCUAUGCCACCUCCGGGGACAUGUACUCUCCUCUGGGCCCACGCAGGAACUCAGAGUAUGAACACUCGCAACAUUUCCCUGGCUUUGCCUACAUUAAUGGAGAAGCCACCACAGGCUGGGCGAAAUAGUCAGGUAUGAACUCAAGGCCUGCCCAUGUGGAGGAUGCCAAGUCUCAAGAACACUUCCAAUCAUACAUGGAAAAACGGAUGAACAGAGCGUGAAAAGUACCAAUGCAAGGUGGGAAUGGGAAUCAUGGUGUGGACGUACUGACAAUUUAUUACAUCAAUCAUUGAGAUGAUUGUGCUCUUAUUUCUAUGGCAGUUCAAUUAUAUUUCUUCAACUGCUGAUUUUUUUCUCACUGUUUGAAGAAUAAAUCUCAUUGAAAUCAUAACGAUUGUGAAAAUCUGCAGCAAAAUCAUUUAAAGAGUGCAAUGCUGCUGCCAAGCUGUGCCUUGAUUUAAGGAAUGUACACCUCUGCCAGUGUCUCUGUGCACACAUUGUCCACCGGUCGCCCGGUGCCUCUGCGUGCUGUAAACCCAUAGUGACACCAGUUCAGUCCAUGUGACACUGCUGUCUCCUCCUGUUGCUCAGCACUGUGCAGCAUCUUGUCAUGGGUUUUUGUUGGUGAUGAAUGUGGAUGUACUCUACUGCCUUAAAGUCCUGGGAUACCAGUUACAUACUGCGGCAAAAAGCCAAAACAUAUGACAUUAUAUGUGACAGAUGUACACUCAUCAACAACAGUGAUCAGUGACCUUAAGGUGUCUUCAUCUUGGAUAGUUUUUUAAUGAUUGAAUGCUGUGAUUUAAAAACAACUGUGUGAGUGUAUUCUGUCACCACUUUUUUUGCGUUUUUUGUGUGACAAUAUAUAUAAAAUAUUAUAUAUAGUAUGUAUUUCUGUAACUUUGUAACAUGGUGUAUCCUUUAUUUUCUAUGUUACAAUUGGUACUUUUGUUUUUUAUGGUUAGUAAAGGACGCAUUAACCUAGGGUUGUGUGUUUUAUAAUGCACUCAAAGCUACUGAGGACCUAUUACCCUAUGGGUAUUUAUAAAAAGGGAAAAUAUCAAAGUGUACAGUAACAUGAAGUCUAGUAACUUUUCUGUAAAUAAAAGCACUGGAAACUGUCUGUGGUGACUGUUUAAACUGAUGUGUAUGUGGGAAAUGUGUUGCCACAUAAUAAUUUCACAA